GACAAGGUGGGUGACGCUUCUGAGCCCAUUUUGUAAGGGGCGAGAGGGGCCAACCACCAUGAGUGAGCUGGGCUCUCAGAAGGGCAGCGAUGGCACGGUAUCUCGCCUGCUCAACGUGGUGGAAAGUGAGCUCCAGGCAGGGAGGGAAAAAGGCGACCCUACGGAGAAGCAACUUCAGAUCAUCCUGGAGGAUGCACCUCUCUGGCAGAGGUUCAAGGAAGCCACAAAUGAAAUGAUCGUGACCAAGAAUGGCAGGAGGAUGUUCCCUGUCCUAAAAAUCAGUGUCACAGGGCUGGACCCCAAUGCCAUGUAUUCCCUGCUGCUGGACUUUGUCCCAACGGAUGGCCACCGCUGGAAGUAUGUCAAUGGGGAGUGGGUGCCUGCAGGGAAGCCGGAGAUCUCCAACCACAGCUGCGUCUACAUCCACCCAGACUCCCCCAACUUUGGGGCCCACUGGAUGAAAGCUCCCAUCUCCUUCAGCAAAGUCAAACUGACCAACAAGCUCAAUGGAGGCGGGCAGAUAAUGCUGAAUUCUCUGCAUAAAUAUGAGCCCCAAGUACACAUAGUACGUGUUGGAGGUUCCCACCGAAUGGUGAUGAACUGCUCUUUCCCUGAAACCCAGUUCAUAGCUGUGACAGCCUAUCAGAAUGAGGAGAUAACAGCUCUCAAAAUCAAGUACAACCCAUUUGCCAAAGCCUUCUUGGAUGCCAAGGAAAGAAAUCACCUAAAAGAUGUCCCAGAGGCUAUCUCUGAAAGCAAGCAUGUGACCUAUUCUCACUUGGGGGGCUGGAUCUUUUCCAAUCCAGAUGGAAUGUGCACAGCAGGAAAUGCCAGUUACCAGUAUGCAGCUCCCUUGUCUCUGCCUGCUCCCCAUUCCCACCAUGGCUGUGAGCACUAUCCAGGCCUCAGGGGACACCGGCAGGCUCCCUACUCUUCAGCCUACUUGCACAGAAACCACUCUCCCACAGUGAAUUUUAUAGAAAGCUCAAAUGAUAAUCUGCAAGUUUUCUCAGGACCUGAAAGCUGGACCUCUUUAUCCUCUACACCCCACACCAGCAUCCUGUCUGUACCCCACACAAAUGGACCCAUCAAUCCAGGGCCCAGCCCCUACCCAUGCCUGUGGACCAUCAGCAACAGUGGCGGGGGCCCUGCAGGGCAUGGCCCAGAAGUACACACCAGUUCCCAGGGUGCCUUUCUUCUGAGCAACCCAGCUGUGACUUCGCCACCCCCUUCUGUGCUCACCACUCAAGCACCUGCUUCAGCUGGCAUGGAGGUUCUGGGGGAGCCCUCACUGACCAGCAUUGCUGUGUCCACCUGGACAGCUGUGGCCUCGCAUCCUUUCUCAGGCUGGGGUGGCCUCGGUGGUGGUGGGCGCCAUUCUCCUUCCUCAUUGGACAGUUAGGCAGGAUCCUAGGGAAGAGUGCCAGUAGAGAAAGUUUUACGUGGAGAGUGCUUAGAAACCCAUCUACUGGAUUCUAGGAAGUCACACUGCAGGGUCCUCCCACCAAGUGAGCUGGAGGUGGGGUGUUAUGUCAGAAGUCCUGCUGGGAGAUGGUUACCUUUGGGUGAUGCUA